AUGCCUCAACCAUGUUCUCUUAUGGAACUCCCACGCGAGCUUCGAGACAUGAUCUAUACAAAUGUCUUCUCCUUCGCCCAUUCGACAGACCAAUCAAUUGCUCGACAACAUGAGUCGCAUUGCGGCGCCGAGGAUCCUAUCAUUGUCCGUUUGAGCACCAUCUCCUUCAACUGGCUCGACCUCAUGCGAACAAAUGGUCUGGUCGCAGAUGAGAUGCGACAACUUUAUCAUAUGUCAUCCUGCCACAAGUCCGCCGCCGAUCAAACGUGGUCUGCGCAACUCACACUCAAUAACGACGAGUACGCGCUUACCUGGACAUCAUUACCGUGUCCAUCAUCUUGUGUACGGCACCUCUCCAUCGACUUCAAGAUCAACCUCACACUUUCGAAGUUCGGUCACUGGGACAAUGACAGCAAAGACAAACCUGGCAACAUUUUCAAAGCGUUAUUGGAAUUGCUUAACCAGAUCGCUCGUCAUGGACCCAACAUCACUGUCACAGAGACAUUACGCCAGUCCAUCACCUUCGAGACACUAAGCCUCAAAAUCUGGUUUACUGAUGAAGAGAAGCCAUACUUGACACCUUCUGGCCCGGAAAGCAUCUACAUACUCGGAUAUGGCAAGCGUCGUCUUUACAGUCGACUGAUUGAGGAUAUCAUUACUGCCUGUGGAAAUCGCCUUUUGGAAGAGACGGUUAGAAACAUCAGCAUACAAGGACCAAAGAGCUUGGAGUCGCCAAAGACAGACAUCACAAUAGCGCAUAGUGAUGACCGUCAUGAAAAGACUGAGCGGGAUUAG